CGGAUCCACUUUUUUUGUAUUCCGGUUGACAUUCCGUUUAUUCGCGUAACAUGGGAAUAACAUUCAAUUAUCAUGAGUCCUUCGACUUCCCCUCAGGCUGAUAUCAUUUCGCUACCAACAUUAUCUUCAGUUCCGGUGUCUGCAUCUGAGAGUACAAGGGUUACAGCGUCAUCUUUUGUUACACAUACCCAUAUCGCCACUAUUACUUCUAGAUCAGCUUCUCCUUCAUCAAAUCCUAGCUCAUCACCAGUAAAAAUCUCUCCUCGCUCUAAAUCACCUCUGACCGGACAGAACGACCGUGAGCCCUGUGGCCACAGUGACCAGGCAAUAAAUAGUGAGGAUGAGCAGCUGAACCAGAUUCUUUCAUUACCGCAGCAGGAACAGCACCGACAGCGCACUCAUGGACGGAGUAGAGAGUCCUCCCCACUCCAGGCGCGGACAGCAUCACCUUCUGAGGAAUCGACAGGUGCUACGAUAGCAGCAGCAGCGGCGGCGGCAGCAGCAUCAUACACAUCACAAGAACUUGCGAUUGCAUACUCCAUGAUCACUUCAACUCGACAAAAGCAGAAGCGUGAACAGACACACAAGACACAACAAUUAACACAAACGCAAGACAUGAGGCCACGGCUAAGACAAACAUCCAUCACUAGACCAUGGUCAACAGCACCAUCAUCACCAGGAACAUCAACAAAACCCCCCUUAUCUUGACAAGGACUAUUCUAACCAGCAUCACCAGAAGCGCUCGGAAUUAAUCUCUUCUUCCGCCUCGGCUCCAGCUCAAACCUCGU